GGCACGGCCAAGGAAACGGGAGUGUCUUCCAAGGCGACCCCGCCUCACGCACUCGAAACAGCACACACAUCCAUCCCUCGGCUCAGAGCCACAAGAUAACGCAAACAAGAAGACGCCGCGAGAGAGCGAGAGGGAGGAGAGAGGAGCGCGCGGCAACCACAGGGGAGAAAGGAAACCGAGCUAGCCUGGAGACAAGCUAGCAGAGGUGCGGGGAGGGAGCUGCAAGGCAUGGAGGACCCGACUCCUGCUGACCCCCCCAGGAUUUUCUGGAAGUCAAGAAGAUCAGCCAAUGGCCGGAGCUUGCAACAAGAACCUGACAAAGAUGCUACCGAAGAAGUGAAUGAGCAGGCUCAAGAGGAAUCCAUGAAGAUCGACGAUGCAACAGAUACAACAGCUACAGCUGAGGAUGUUCAACCAGACCCAAAAGCUAACUUAUCUGAGAAGCGGAAGGCUCUCUUUGAGCCUCUGGAACCUAUCAAUGGCAAGCGCAGUGCUGAAAUGCUGCUUCCGCCACCUGACUUUGAGCCCACAUCAUAUCCCAAGGGAUGGUUGGUGGGCAAGAAGCGCAAGCUAGUCAAUGUUGAUGUUGUGGAGAGCAUGAGGAGAAUUGCAGUCCAAGAAAUGAACAGAAAGGACCGUGAGAUCAAUGGACUGAACGAGCAGCUAGAGGAAGACUCCCGUGUGCUUGAGCUUCUCCAGAAGCAGCUCGCGGAUGAACGCAAGAAGCGGGCUGAGAUAGAGAAGGAGAACUCUAUGCUUCAUGAGCAGGUGUCCAUGCUAAUGAACAUGCUCGACGAAAAUGAGGGCUUCGAUGAGGAAGGAGAAGCUCCACCUCCCGAUUCCUUUGAUUAAGCACUAUAUAGUACUGUCCAUUCCCGACAAUAUCGAACCAUGAAUCUCCUGGUGCCGGUUUCAGGGUAACCAAGAGAUAUAUCCUGUGUAGAAUUUCAUUUGUCCUAUUCCAUUCCGUGGCUUGUUUUCUGUAGAUAAAGGGUGCCUGUUUAUCGCACCUGCCCCUUUCUAGGCUUCAAAUGCAUGUGAGAAAAUUCUUGAAAAAAAUGUAUGUGAGAAACUAGAGACAUUAUAUUUGAAUGGAAGUGUAUGUACAUGUUAUAUGAAUUUCCCCCCUUU